AUGCAAACGCACUGCGGGCGUACUUUAGGGCAAAAGGGGAAGAAACUGGAUGUUUGGCGUAUCGGGCUAGGAUGCAUCGUCUUUUUUGCUGAGCUGGAGCCAUCUUUAAUCGUCACAGAGCAAAACCUGGCAGACCGAGUUCGGUAUAUCUUGCGCUCAAAUAUAUUUGAUGUCGCCGAACUCGAACGGCUACGACGUGAGGCUGUUCCCUCGUCGGAUGAGAAUGCUACGGCUGAGGAUGCGGCGCCACAAAUGGUAGAGCAACCCGCAAACGUGGAUGCCGCCGUGAAUACCCCAGUUGUGGUUGAUUCAAACGAUGAUGGAACAGUCGCCCAGGAACUGGAAUUAGAGCAUAUGAGGAGUAUAUUGGAAGAGGCGAUUGUGGAAACGCGCAGUACGCCUCUCGAAAAUCGACCGCAACUUCCCCCGCAUAGCCCUAAGCAAGCGGAAUCGGGCUGUCGUGAGGGCUCUGAACCCAAUGCUGGUUACCUAUUUGGAAGCCAGCCGGGACCUUUGCGAGACGGACUCAAUUCUUUUUGGCGCCGCGCUGGCAGUCUGCCGUAUCAUAGGCGCCAAGGUUUCCACGGCUGGACGCGCUACUGGCCAUAG